GUGUAAUAUCAAUAUGGCUUGCCAUAGUCUAUCACUAACUCAAACAGAAGGAGUUCCCGGAAAAAGCCAUAUAUGGUCACAUACGUAAUUGCCAUGUGACUGUCUGUCAUCCAAGAGUUCGGCAGCACCAUUUCCCGUAAAUUGGGAGGGUCAAAAACGGCACUGUUCUUCAUCACUUAUUUAUAUUCCCGUGAACACUCGGAGCCACCAGUUUGGCUGCAUUGGAAGUUUAUUAAAGACAAAAUAUAAAGGUUUAUUUUUAUUUUAUUCUACCGCUGUCAGAAAUAUGGACAUUUCAAACGUUGACAGAAACUUCUGAACUCCCCCAACUGUGCCGUGGUGGAUUGUGCCGCUUUCCCGCAAUACGGUGGAUUUUUAACUUGCUUUUCGAGUGAACUGUCAGUGAUAUAAGUAGGAGGAACCUUUUUUGAGGAAAGCAGACCCAGAAAAGAAAACGCCAGCAGAGAGUGUCACAGAUUGAGUCAAGAGUUUCUUCUGGAUUACUGAAGAGCCAGCGGCAUACAUGUACAACUACGGUAACCCGGGCAGAGGAAUCGAUCGGUCCUUCCCAGAAAGCAGCUCUGGAUCGUCAGGCUCGAGCUCCGCGUCUGUCGCUACAACCACCGGCACAACCCAACAACAACAGCAGAAGUACUCUGUGGCAGGAUCAGGUCAGUUUGUGCCCAGUCUCAAUGCCAUAACGUCAAACCAGAGCCUUCAAUGGAUGCUUCAGCCUUCAAUAGGCACCCCAGGACCAUCAAGGGCACUUCGGUCGUCUUACCCACUGCCGCCAGGGAUCCCAGCCACCAUGAAUCCUCCUCAGCCCUCCCAAUCACAUCUGUCCCGGCCUGGUGUCAUCAGAGCAGCUGCGGCAAUUGGCAGCACAACAAGAAGAAACGAUGAAUAUCUCUCUCCUGAGGAACUUGAGCGGCGCAGAAUUCGAAGGGAACGCAACAAAAUGGCUGCGGCGAAGUGUAGGAACCGUCGACGAGAACUGACAGACACUUUACAAAAUGAAACCGACCAGUUAGAAGAUGAAAAGUCCCGUCUGCAGAAGGAAAUCGCUGACCUCCAGAAGGAAAAGGAGAAGCUUGAGUUGGUCUUCGAGGCUCAUAGACCCAUCUGCAAAGUCCAGGAAUCAGAGUCUGACUCGGACUCCAGCAAUGACAUCCCAUCACUCAGUGGAAUCAAGAUUGAGCCUGUGGACCCCGACCUUCCCGGACCCUCCAGAGAAACUAAGCAUUACGCCAAGAUCAACAAGCCCAAGCCCAAAAUUACCAUCCCACCCCCUCCUUCAGCUUCCUCCAUUACCGGCAUACCUCUAGAAUCAGAGUCCCUUCACACUCCUGUCCUCAUCUCUACACCAUCCCUGACUCCAUUUACCGCCAGCCUGGUCUUCAGCUACCCGUCUACUUCACUGGAUACUUCAUCCCAAGCCCUCAACCUCGUCACGUCUCAUCCGUCUUCCCAGAACCCUCAGCCGUGUGCCGUCGCUCACAGGCGCAGCAGCAGCAGUGGAGAUCAGUCUGAUCAUUCCCUCAAUUCACCCACAAUCCUCACCCUCUGAUCGAUUGGCUGCUGUGAGGGGAAAGUUGGUUCAUGACCUCCAAAAGUGUCCUUACUACUACAUACAAGCAAAGACAAGUACUGUGCAUGUUAUGUUUCGAGCUGUGUAUUCUGUUUACCUUUACUAAUGGCAAUUAUCUAGCAACUUGAAUGCAUUAUAAGCAUACAGAAGCACAAGGAAGAAGGUAGAGCUGCACAAUUAAGUGUUUAAAGAUUACAAUUUAUAUUGUAUUUAUAUAUAUAUAUAUAUACACACACACACACACACACAGUUGGAGUCAGCCCCUGUGUAUAUUUUCCCCCAAUUUCUGUUAAACGGAGAUUUUUUUCAACACAUUUCUAAGUAUAAUAGUUUUAAUAGCUCAUUUCUAAUAACUGAUUUCUUUUAUAUU